AUGGAUUCGCAGUUUACCGCUACUCGAGAAGACUUAUACCAUGUUCAGAUGGAUGUCAAGCAUGUCCAGGCUGUACAAAUCAACCAUGCUGACCGCCUCUUAAGAUUGGAAAGACGACAAGCCGAUGAUGCGGCUCUCAAAUCUGUUUGGGGCCCCAGUCCGCCAUUCCCUGGCAUCCUGAGUGGCACUCCACAACAAGGUCCAGUUCACAACCCAUCACCCAAUGUCUUCGACGACUUUGAUGAUGAGCAAGGACAAAAUCUUCUAGGAAGUCUACAGUUAGAAGCCGAUGAAGAGCCAGUCAGACGUGGUGCAUCCAGAGCCAACAGCGUACGCUUCGAUGUCAGCGCCUUGCAGGGAUCGAAUUGGGCAGCAGGUUCGCGAAAUUCGGGGGAGUUCGCGCCCACCCGACCCAACAGUGGGUUUGGAAGUCAUCCAAUGACAGAGCGCUCUCUUUCUCACAAGUCUGAUGGGAGACAUAGUUCUGCGGGCCAUUCGGUACACUCGAUGCAUUCGGCAUCUGGACGGACAAGUAGCCUAGGACUAGAUACCAAUUUCAUGAUCGGGGGUCAAGAUGACGAUUCGCCUCUCGACACCCCUGAUCCCCCUCCAGGACUGUUCAUUUUGGGAUCUGUGCCCUCUAUCAUCCGAUGUUGGCUGACCAACAACUUUUCACAUAAUUCACUCCUCUACGCCGCUGUAUGCAGUGGUUCUCAAAGAUCGAUCCUGGACUACAGUCUUGUGAAGGAUCUGGGCUUGGCAGACCAAGUGCACAAAAGCUCAACUGGCAGGUAUAUCAUCAAGCUUCCAGUCUUCCUCCCUGAAGCGAUCAUAACCCAGCCUACUUCAAGGUCCAGCAGUCCAGCUCCACAGCUCCCGGCACUCUCAGCUGAUUUUGAGAUUGUCGGAAUGAACCAACGGGGCACCUCAGACCGAAAAAGAAUUCGAGUUUUCCUCGGCAGUGAUACCCUUCGAGCCCACAAUGCAGAUAUAUUGCUGUCUCAGAAUGUUAUGGUUUUGUACGGCGAUGAUCGAAACAAGCUUUCAGUUCCGUUCGUCAGACCCGAGGACGAAAAUGUGUUCAAGAACCUGAUGACUACGAACGUCUUGCCGGAGAAGAACGAGUUGAAAGCCACUGCACCGACAUUUACUCCAACGGAAUCUAAGCCCAAAGUUGAGCCUACUCCUGAAGCCGUCAGCUCUGCAUUGACCGCUGGUACCGAAAGCGUGGCGAGUACAACCAGCCACAAGAUUCUCACACCAACCGAGUCCGAGUCACCUUUCAAUGCUACUUUUGUUACUAACGGCAAUGCUCGAGAAAGAGCUUCGAGUGUGAAGUCAGCAAGUGCAACUGUGAAUGGCAUUGUGACCGAUCCCAGUGAGAAGCAGCGCGCGCUGGAAAGUUCUGCGACUGAUCCCGAGGCUUCAGAUACUACUACCUCUGAUUCGGCUCGUCGUGAAUCUUCUGGCGGUAUCUGGGGAUCCUGGCGACAAUCAGGAUCGAUCAAUGGCAGCGAAACAGAAUCAACGAGCGGCUACCAACGAGCAACAAGAGGAGCCAGAAGCAUGAAAGUCCUCAAGUCAUCAUCCAAGCCAGCACCGGCAGCACCGGCAGUCCUUAGCCGUUCGACGUCCGCGGCACGUACAAACACAACAUAUGACCCACCACCACCUCGCCCAUCUGGUGAACUACGACGCAAGAGUCAAGCCGGCGGAACUGAGAAUGUUCCCCUGCGAUGGGAGGCUAAGCGAACCAGUUCGGAAGAGCACAAAGCCACGGGCAACUUCCCACGAUCGUCAAACCCCAUUGGGGGCGCAUCUGCAUUUGCUUGGAUGAACCCGAGUAAGCCAAAGGCUUCCGCUACGGCGGAAUAG